AUGGCCGACUUUUUGCAACGUCUGGACACCUCGAAGCUCGUCCUCGUCGGGACCGGUCUUUCCUUCGCCGUCAGUGCCUUUGAGGCCCCAAAGUACAACCUUCCUAUUUUCCUCUUUGGAAUUUAUGCCCAGGAGAACCCAGACGGUGUUCAGUCUCUUCAGACAUUCACCUAUCUUUUAAGCGCAUCUGUCAUCUACGACAUCAUUUGGAUGUACAACUAUGAUCAGCACUGGUUUUUCAAGUUGUUAACAAUCCUGCUACUCGUCCUAAAAUUCCCGACCAUAUUAACAUUCAUGUCUUCUUUACAACAAAGAGGUUCUGGUGUUGGAUUUCGCGGAAGCGACCUGAGUGGAGCGACAGUCUGGGCGAUGCCCGGCGGGUUCACUUCCGGAGGACGAGAUGGCUAUCAGACCGUAGAUGAGUCUGCUGAUGCACAGACUCCCAAGCCACUAGGUACAACGAUUCAGGUUCCUAGUAGCCAGCCGCAUGCGCCAGGCGCGUAUCAAACUGUGUAA